AUGUCGUCGCGUUUUCAAUCGACGAAAGGUUCAGUAGGCCAAAAGCCCACAAGUUCAGGUCCAGCCAAUGUCAAUAACACGCUCCACGACCGGAAGCAUCAAAACGGAAACGGGGCACACGAGCAUGAGAAACCACGCGAGCCUGAUGAACCACACUUUCACUCGAUAUUUGGACAUUCGCACUCGCACGGAGAUGAGAACGGGCACACCCAUGACGCGGAGCAGAUAAUCGCAGCGCUCAAGGGUUCACGUACGUACGACAAAGGUAGUCAAGUUACACUCAUUGGAUUAUUUUCGAAUAUUGUCCUUACGACGGCGAAGGGGUUGGCUGGAUGGUACAUGCACUCUGCAUCCUUACUUGCCGAUGCCGGUCAUUCGAUGAGUGACCUCCUGGGCGACUUUGUCACCCUAUUCUGUUGGCGUCUCUCCCGUAAACCUCCUUCAGAAAGAUACCCAUACGGAUUUGCGAAAUUCGAAACACUCGGAACAACAACGAUAUCCAUCUUAUUGAUAGCUGGCGCUGUCACCAUUGGCCUCCAUUCUUACAACCUCCUCAUCGCAACCCUCGCAGAAACAACAGCGUCUCUUUCGCCUGGCCAAUUACAGGACUUUCUUAGAACUAUUACAACGGCCGUCCCAUUGCCCGAUAUUGGACAUCACCAUGUCCAUCUAGUCGACCCCAAUGCGGCGUGGUUCGCGGCCGUCAGUGUAGUGGCGAAGGAGUGGUUAUACAGAAUCACAAAGGUAGUAGCGGACGAAGAGAGUAGCCCUGUACUGCUUGCAAACGCCAUUCACCAUCGGAGUGAUGCGUACUCCAGUCUAGUUGCCUUCUUUGCAAUUAUUGGGACAUGGCUCUGGCCUGCUUUCCCUCUUGAUCCAAUUGGCGGUCUUCUUGUGUCAAUGGUGAUCCUCAAACAGGGCUUUGACCUUCUUCGAGGCGCAUGGGGAGACCUUACAGAUGCAGGGGUUUCCCCACGAAAACGCAAACUGUUGUUAAAGACUUUGCAGCCUUUCAUUCCGGAUUCUUGGGAGUCGUCGUCGUGUCCAACAUUGAUUUCGUUUGAUCAUCUACGUGCACGUCGGGCAGGUUCUUUGAUGUUCGUGGAUGUCACUGCAAAGGUAUCCGAUGAUAUGACUGUUAUUCAAGCCUCCGCCUGGGAGGAUGAAAUCACUAGAACUCUGAAAGCAGCACACAAGGAAAUUACAGAGGUUCGGGUGAAAUUCGAAGUCGGUCAGAUUGUUGUGGACAUUUAG